GAGCAGAACUCGCGCUCCUCACACAGCUGGAGGCUGGAAGCGCGCGCACUCACUCUGCUCUCUGAUUGGCCUAUCCGGUGUGUCGGUGUGUCCCCCGCGUGUGUCCUGUCAGCUGAAGGUCCAGAGAGUUCUGCUCCGCGCGGCUCUGAGCUCAGACAGAGAGAGGGCUCAGAGGGGCUCAGACGGAGUUUGGAGUGUGUGAAGUCAGAGCUGUGAGAGUGUUGAGGAUGCAGUGUAAGGCUCAGCUGAAGGAGAUGGACAAACCGGCGUCCUGCAGUUCCUCCCCUGCGGCGCUCUGUCUGCCCGCGGUCUUCUGCUUCGUGCUGUCCGGAGUGUCUGUGGCGCUCUGUGUGCUCGGCACCUUCAGGUCGGCUCACCUGGAGCACAGAGUGGCGCUGCUGGAGGCAGAGCGAGGCUCGGAGUUCAGCUCAGCUCCGUCAUGGCUGGAGGUGAACGGGACUCUGUGGGAUCUGAUCGACAAGCUCGUUCAGAAGAGACUCAUGGAGGAAGCCCCCAAGCUGCGUACUACGAGGGACCUCGUGCAGGAGUGCUCGUGCCCACCAGGACCGCCAGGAAGGCGGGGCAAGAAAGGCAAUCCUGGAACUCCAGGCACUCCAGGGCGGGACGGCUACCCGGGUCCUCUGGGUAUGGAUGGUAAGCCUGGUCCUCCUGGUCCCAAAGGCAGCCCGGGGAUGCCGGGGCCAAAAGGAGAUAAGGGCGACCAGGGAGACAUGGGGCCCAGGAUGGUCUUUCCACGCUAUGAGCACGGCUUUCUCUCUGCCACAGCCGACCAUCACACUUUUCACAGGCGUCUUCUAAAGGGUGAUCAGGGUCAGGCGGGGCCUCCUGGUCCCCCGGGGCCUCCCGGAGAACCUGGUCCCAGAGGGCCUCCAGGAAACACAGGCAGAGACGGACCCCGGGGCCACUCAGGAGAGCCGGGUCCUCCUGGAAAGGAUGGGAUGGAAGGUCCAAGAGGGCCACCUGGUAUAAAGGGUGAAGUUGGAGAGCGUGGCAUGACUGGACUUCAGGGCCCUCCGGGGCUUAAAGGAGAUCAGGGUGAAGAGGGGAAAAGAGGCAUGGAUGGACCCCCGGGUGUAAAGGGGGAGAGAGGAGAACCUGGUUUUCCGGGACCAAGGGGGCCUCCUGAGGUCUCCGGCGAAAUUGGCUCACAUUUAGACCUGACGUGUCAACAGUGUCUGCCAGGUCCACCAGGACCUCCUGGAGAGCAAGGAGCAAAAGGAGAGAUGGGUUCUCCCGGAUUGCCUGGAUCUGAGGGCCAACAGGGACCUAAGGGAGAGAAGGGUGAGACAGGAGAGCCUGGAGUGGCAGGAGAGAAGGGAGAGAUGGGUGUGUCCGGGCCAGCGGGUGCUGACGGUCAGAAAGGGGAGAAAGGAGACUCCAGACUUGAGGAUAGUUUGGCUCAGAUCAUCUCACUGCCAGGACCUCCAGGGCCUCCUGGACCACCUGGCCCACAGGGCAUCAUGGGGCAUCAUGGAAUGCCUGGCCAGAAGGGGGAGCCGGGUGAGGCAGUGAAAGGAGAGAAGGGGGAUAUAGGAGAGAAAGGCCCCCCUGGACCGCGGGGUCUUCAGGGUUUUCCUGGCUCUAAUGGUUUGGUUGGUCUACCGGGUGCAAAAGGUGAAAAGGGAAAGCAAGGGGAGCCUGGAUUAGAUGGUUUUCCAGGGCUCAGAGGGGAGAAGGGCAGCAAAGGCGACCGAGGAGAAAAGGGUGAAAGAGGCUCACUGGGGAAAAAGGGUCUAAAAGGACAAAAAGGAGAGCAGGGGCCUCCGGGGCUGGACCAGCCCUGUCCUGUGGACCGAGAUGGACUACCAAUGCCAGGAUGCUGGCACAAGUGAUGACCAACCAGAAGCAUGGAAUCUGUACAUAUUGAUAUACAUAUUUGCAACUAACAUUUGCUUUUUCCCCUCUCAAUUUUGUAUUUUUUCUAUUUAAUAUACUGAGUUUUCAUACAGAAAGUUGUCCUUUGAGCCUCCUUGCAAAAAUAUCUCUUCAUUUCGCUGCUUACUACAAAGAAGGGCUCAGAAAUGUAAGGAUAAAAGCAAGGACGCUUGAGUUGAAAUGAGCUGGUGAAGGCACAUGGACUCAAGUGUGUGAGGGGUGCACAGAGAAUGCUGCUUCUAACCGGGGAGGAGAGGAACCAUGUAUGACCAGCAAAAACCUGAACCCAUCUAACAGACUGUACAUGGUGGCAAUAGCUAAAAUCUGCUUGGAUCUGCUAUAAGUCAUCUGGGCUGGCCUGAAAGAUUCAGUGUAUCCACCCUAUACUGAAAGACUGAAGCAGGGGAGCAAGACAAGGUUUCUUAUCCAGGUCCAUGAGGAGAGAAGAUUGGGAGCUACAUGGAGAGAAAGCACGGCCUUAGGGAACCCCUGUGAUGGAGCCGAACUGUGGACACUUUAAAUGGACUUUGACUGUUUCACACGUCAUACAUUCUCAGCUCUCAGGAAACAAAAGUAUUCAUGUCAAUAAAAACAAAACAACAGUUUAAUUUCCGAUCUGAAGAGGGAUGGGUGUGGUUAUACAAAUAUGUGGAGGUCCAAACUCCACUUCAGUAUUUUUUACCUAAUGAGCAAUUGGACUAUGGCAUCUGUAGGUUGGUACACAACAAUUAAAUCAUAUAUUAGGCCAUCUUUUCACUUUCAAAUAUGUUUUUGAAUCACACACGCAGCUGAUAGGGUUUCACAUAAAAUGUUUAUUUUAUUAAUUUUAUCCAAUAUCUUAAAAUAAAUCUCAUCAACAAAACAUGCCAUUUCACGGAAGAUGUUCAAACUUUUGCAUCCAGAAGUGUCCAGACACCCCUUUCUAAUUAGUGAACUCAGCUACUGAAAGGUGCACCAGUUGCAGACUCAAUUGUGCAGUUGCAUUCAAUUGUAUGAUAUCAAUAGAAAAACACUAUCAUGUUUUUGUUUCUGAGUCUGUCACCAUGUGCAAUGCCAAACAUCAGCUAAAGGAAUACAAAGCCCUCCAGCAUUAGGCUGUGGAGCAGAGGAACUGUGUUCUCUGGAGUGGUGGUGCACCAAUACCUUUGGGAUGAGUUGGAGAGGUGUUUGUGAUCCAGAACUAAUCAUCCAGCUUCAGCAC